AACAACAGCUAAUUGAUGUUUCUUGUUUGUUUAGUGAAUUACUUCCUAUACUAACAUGUGAUAUACUAUAAGGUGUUGCUCUACAGAUAUUUAUGUUUUUGGCUUUUUGCAACAUGCUGGUUGGCAUGAUGGCUCCACUCAAAGAUAUUGGACAACCUCCACUGACUCCACUGAAAGUCUAACAAACUCUAAUAAUUUUUCCUACAGAGUUUGAGUUAUUACUAUCGGUGGUGUUUUAGAGAUGAUUGAAAAAUAUUUUAGUUUUUUUUAUCUUUCCGUUUUUGCUUACACUUAUUUGGUUUAUAAAUGAUAAUCUCGCUUUAUUUAUAGGAUUUAGCAGGAGAGUUUUACUUACAUCUAUAUUUUAUUUUAGAUAUAAGAUUCCAUUCCGUCAAAUUCAUAAAACACAACGUUUGCAUCAAAGCUUGAAGAUCCUCAAUUCCAACUAACAAAUUCAUCAAAGAAAAAUUUCAGAGGAUUUAAAAACAUUCACAUAAAUUAAAACAAUGUCUUCUUGGUCAGCAGAAAAUGCCAUCAAAGCCUAUCUCAGCACUUUGAAAAUAGAUCAAAAGGCAAAAGAACCAUCUGUGGCUGAAUUUAUAUCAGCAUUAGCAGCUGGAAACAAUGCACAAUUAAUGGUUGUUGCUUGUGCUGCUGCAGCUGAUUCAACUACACUUGCACUUAUUGCUGCUGCUAAUCAAACUAAUGGAAAUGUGGUUUGCAUUGUUCCCAACCAUGAAGAUCUAAUUGCAUCCAAGAAUUUCCUAGGAGUAGCUGCUAAUCAAGUUAAGUUAAUGGUUGGAAAAGAAGCACAAGGAUUAGAUGUAGUAAACAAAGGUGAUUUUGUGGUAAUUGAUUGUAAUCUCGUGAGCCAUGAAGAGAUUGUGAAAUUAGUACAAAUUGGCGAUGGUAAUAAGCAAAAUGGUAUAGUUGUUGUUGGUUACAAUGCUUUUGGUUGUGAAAGGUCAUGGAGAUCAUGUGGAUCAAAAACUCAAUUGCUUCCUAUUGGAGAAGGGUUGCUGGUGACAAGAUUUGGAGAAACCAAUGCUAUUAGUCAUGAAAAUGGAUCUGGAAUGAAUAAGAGUGUUCGAAGUCGGUGGAUUAUGAAGGUCGAUAAAUGUACCGGUGAAGAACAUGUAUAUAGAGUCAGACCUUCACAAGGAGUGAUGUAGAGAUUUAGUUAUAUGGUUAAUUUCGGUGUGAAAGGAAUCAGAAAUUUCCGUAGUCACAAGAUCUGGACUAUUGGAUAAAAAUAUAACUGAGUCCUGCUUCUAUUUUGAUGAUUCAAAUCGAGUGUUCAAAAUCCAGUUUUAGAACAAAAGUGGUUCAAUCUUGAUUUAACACUUCAGAUCAAUAAUCACCAUAUUGCAGAGAAAACAUAUCUCUCAAGUUGCAACCACUACAAGAUAAUCUUGCAGCUAGUGAACUAUUGCUCCAUUUAAUUUUUUGGAGAAAAAGAAAAAUAAAUUUUGGUUAUAUUGUAAGGCACCUAAGAGUUAGUCUUAUUUUAAAUUGAGAGAGAUAAAAAUGCAAUUUUUAUAAAUUCUUGCUCAAACUAUAUUGUUCUUGUCUUCUUUGAAUGAAAAGUUUAUAACAGCCUGUUCCAACAUGGGUUAUCAAUUACAGAAACAA